GGAGGGAGGGGGGGGUUGAAGGAGGAGGACAUUCAGGCAGAAAGAAGACAGUGGCUCCCAAUGACAUAAAGCUUCACUACCUGAAGCCGCCCGACCAACCGAGCGACCAUCUCUGCCCCCCCCCCCCCCCCUAAAAGACGUCGAGGAGCCGCGGGACGGCGGUCCCGCGUGACAUGCACCCCCCUCUCUAAGGCACAGCCUCCUUUCCCAUCGGAGCCGGCCUGCCACUGGAUUACACCACCAGCGGAGGAAGCUUCUUCUACUUGUAAAUCCACCCAUGCAUCUUGCAGACGGCGCAGGAGACGCUGCACCUGCGACCAAGAGUGCCUAUUCCUGCUGAGUGAAGCCCAAAUCACAUUUCAGUCAUCUCCAAGCAGCCUACAGCGGGACCAUGCAUCUGUGCGGCACAGGCGGAGCACUGGUCCAGUUGGGCAGGCUGAUCCCCGGGUUCCGCCCAAGGACCUCCCCCCUGUGUCCCCUUCUGCAUCUCAUCAUCCUGCUAAUUACAGUGACCGAUCUUUCCGCAGUACCAGCUGCGCCACAAUUCACCAAGAUUCCCACAGACCAGAUUGGAGUAUCAGGGGGCGUGGCGUCGUUUGUGUGCCAGGCCACCGGGAAUCCCAAGCCGGUCGUCUACUGGAACAAGAAGGGCAAGAAAGUCAACUCUCAGCGUAUCGAGACCAUCGAGUUUGACGACGGCGCGGGCGCCGUGCUGAGGAUCCAGCCUCUCAGAGCACCACGAGACGAGAACACCUACGAGUGUGUCGCGCGUAACAGCGCCGGAGAGCUGUCGGUCACGGCGAAGCUGGCCAUCAUCAGAGAGGACCUGUUGCCAUUUGGCUUCCCGAGUAUCGAUAUGGGCCCCCAGCUGAAGGUGGUGGAGCGCACAAGGACGGCCACCAUGCUGUGUGCCGCCAGUGGCAUCCCCGACCCGGAGAUUUCCUGGUUCAAGGACUUUCUGCCUGUUGAACCCAGAACCAGUCAAGGCCGCAUCAAACAGCUCCGAUCAGGAGCUCUCCAGAUCGAGAACAGCGAGGAAACCGACCAAGGGAAGUACGAGUGCGUGGCCACCAAUUCUCAAGGUGUGCGCUACUCCUCGCCAGCCAACCUCUACGUGCGAGGAGCGACAGGCACAUUGCGCCGCGUCCCCCCUCGUUUCUCCAUCCUCCCCUCCAACCACGAAAUCAUGCCGGGAGGAAGCGUCAACAUCACCUGCGUGGCGGUGGGCUCCCCGAUGCCCUACGUCAAAUGGAUGGUGGCCAGCGAGGACCUGACCCCCGAGGACGAGAUGCCCAUCGGUCGCAACGUGCUGGAGCUCAAAGGCGUGCGGGAGUCGGCCAACUACACCUGCGUGGCCAUGAGUAGCCUGGGUAUCAUCGAGGCCACGGCUCAGGUCUUAGUCAAGACUUUGCCGAAGCCUCCGGGCACUCCCGUCGUCACGGAAACCACAGCCACCAGCGUGACCAUCACGUGGGACUCCGGUAACCCCGACCCGGUCUCGUACUACAUCAUCCAGUACCGCGCCAAAGGUCCGGACAGCAAGUAUGAGACGGUAGACAGCAUCACCACCACCCGCUACAGCAUCGGCGGGCUCUACCCCAACACCGAGUACGAGAUCCGAGUGUCAGCCUUCAACAGCAUCGGCCAGGGCCCCCCCUCUGUGCGAGUGGACGCCCGGACAGGAGAGCAAGCCCCGGCCAGCCCGCCGAAAAAUGUCCAAGCGCACAUUAUUUCGCAGAACACAGUGAUGGUCCGCUGGGAGGAACCGGAGGAGCCAAAUGGCAAGGUGAAAGGCUAUCGCGUGUACUACACCAUGGACCCGUCGCGGCCGAUGAAUGAGUGGAAGAUCCAUAAUGUCCAGGACAGUGUGAUCACGACCAUACAAAGCUUGGUGACCUCCGAGACGUACACCCUCCAAGUCCUGGCCUUCACUUCAGUCGGGGACGGGCCCUUCUCUGACCCGAUCCACGUUAAGGUCAUGCCAGGAGUUCCGGGACAACCGGGGAAGUUUAAAAUCGGGAGGGUGACUGACACCAGCAUUGAGCUGACCUGGGAGCCGGCGUACACCAAGGAGGGCAUCAUCAAUUACGAGCUCCUUUACAAACCUGUCAAGUAUGGCAGUUUGGAGAAGCUGACCUUUGGCCCGCGAAACUCCUACACGGUGGAGGGUCUGAAAGCCAACACGGACUAUUCCUUCUCGCUGGCAGCCAUCUCCAACAAAGGCAUCGGUGCUUUCACCAAUGAACUGGUGCAGAGGACAUCACAAGCCAAGCCCUCGGCCGCACCCGAGGGUGUCUCCUGCGAGAGUGCCAGCUCCACCUCGCUGAGAGUUAGUUGGAGGCCGCCCCCACUGGAGGGCCUGAAUGGCGAGUUGGCAGGUUAUGAACUGAGGUACCGCAAGGUUUCUGGGGCAAGAGGCAAAGGUCAGGGCCAGGAGGAGGUGUCCGGGCUCCCUAUCCCGGCCCGGCAGGCAGACACACUAGUAGAGGGCCUGGAGAAAUGGAGCUGGUACAACAUCACCAUGGCAGCCUCCACUUCUGAGGGAACUGGACCCAGCAGCUCGCCUGUACUCUGCAGAACAGAUGAGGAUGUUCCCAGCGCGGCCCCUCGUCACAUCGACGUCAAUCCUAUCAAUUCCUCCGCACUUCGGAUCACUUGGCGGUCCGUGUCGCCAAGGUUACGUCAAGGUCAGAUCCGUGGUUACCAGGUACACUACAGCCGUGUUGGAGAAUCCCGAAAUCUUCCUUGGAUCAAAGAUAUCCUCCUGGAUGAGUCUCAGAUGGAAGAGGAUGAUUCUACUCAGUAUGAGAUGAUCUUGGGAGGCCUACAAGCAGAGACUUUGUAUUCCGUCUCAGUGGCAGCAUACACCACCAAAGGUGACGGAGCACAUAGCAAAGCCAAGCUGGUGAAGACCUCAGCGGUGGUACCCGCCCCUCCCUGUCUGUGGGCACAUUUGGGAAUAGGUCCAUCGGCGGUGCUUCGAUGGGCUCCUCCACCGGAAUGCGCAGCGUCAGGCUCCGAUGGCCGGCGGCUCCCUUUGGAAAUUCAAGGCUACCGCCUCCAGUUUGGCCUGAAGAAUGGCUCCCUGGAGACCACGAUAGAUUUCACAAAAGAGAGAAACUUCACCGUCAUAAACCUCUCCCCGGGCUCCACCUACGUCUUUGUGCUCUCUGCUAAAAGCCGAGCGGGCUACGGAGACGUAGCGCGGAGGGAAAUAAGCGUACCCGUCAUCCCGCCCUCAGGAUACCCCAAAAUAUCCGACUUGGUUAACGCCACUUGCUGCUCCCUGGAGUUCUCCUGGCUCCCUCCUGACCAGGAUGAGAGCCAGGGCGUCAUCACAGAGUACAACGUAGCUUACAAAGAGACUGCAGGCUCCAAACCCUCGAGCGUUGCGGGCCCCUUUUCAUUACCCGCCCUGCGCGCUCCCCCACUUGUGGUCACGCUGCCGGCGAGCCAGUCUCGCUACACGAUUCUGGGCCUCAAUCCCAGCACGGCUUACGAAGUGCAACUCAGAGCCCACAACAAGGCGGGGCCUGGCCCCUUCAGCCCCCCUCUUCUGUGCCGAACCCUGGCCUUUGAAACAGACGUGCCAAGGAAUUUUUCAGUCAAUCUGGCCACCAGGACGAGCGUUCUUCUGACGUGGGAGUUUCCCGAAAGCAGCAACCCGUAUCGCUUUAGUGUGGAGUACAAUCGUCAAAAGAUGGAGGUGGACGCUCGCCUGAAGAAGGCCGUCAUCCCAAACCUUCAGCCCGACACCAGCUACGACUUCAAGAUCACCGCUCCCGAAGGCAACAUGGGUGGCCUUCGCCACCGUAUCACCGCCAAGACAUCCCCACCGAUUACCAUCCGCCGCCCGGAGGUCGAUCACACCCGGGACACGGAGACCACGGUCACCAUCAUCCUGCCAUCCCUGGAGUCUCGAACGCCCGUCAAGAAUGUUUACGUUGUUGUGGUUCCAUUGAGGAGAGCCCGAGGCGUCAUCAGACACCUGAAGAGUCCGGACGAAAUGGAUCUCGAGGAGCUGUUAAAAGACAUCAGUCAAAAACAGAGGGACUCUCGUCAGCAGAAGCAGGUGGACCUGCGUCGCGCUUACAUCACGGCCCGCUUCACACCUGACACCCUACCAGCCUUCUUUACCCUGGGGGACCAGCUGGACUACGGAGGCUUCGAGAACCGCGCAUUAGAGCCCGGGCAGGAAUACGUCUUCUUCAUCCUGGCUGAACUCAACUCUACAACCGGGAAGAUGUACGUGGCCAGUCCUUACACGGAUCCGGUGAUCGCCCCGGAUUCCGACCCCCAACCUCUGGACGCGGGUGACGGUCUGAUCUGGGUGGUGGGACCCGUGCUCGCGGUGGUUUUCAUCAUCUGCAUCGUCAUCGCUAUUUUACUCUACAAGAACAAACCUGACAGCAAGCGCAAGGAGUCCGAGCCAGGAACCAAAAGUCUUCUAGGUAACGCCGAGAUGAUGGCCCAUCACCCGACAGACCCCGUGGAGAUGAGACGAAUCAACUUCCAGACUCCAGGGAUGAUGAGCCAUCCUCCCAUUCCCAUCAGCGAGCUGGCUGAGCAUAUCGAGCUGAUGAAAGCCAACGACAAUCUCCGACUUUCGCAGGAAUACGAGUCCGUCGACCCCGGGCAGCAAUUCACUUGGGAGCAUUCCAACUUGGAGGUCAACAAGCCCAAAAACCGCUACGCUAACGUGAUAGCGUACGACCACACCAGAGUCAUCCUGGCGCCCAUAGAAGGCGUCCUGGGAAGCGACUACAUCAACGCCAAUUACAUUGACGGCUACAGGAAGCAGAAUGCCUACAUCGCCACCCAGGGGCCGCUGGCUGAGACGUUUGGCGACUUCUGGAGAAUGGUGUGGGAGCAGCGGGCGGCCUCCGUUGUCAUGAUGACACGCUUGGAGGAGAAAUCGCGGAUAAAGUGUGACCAGUACUGGCCGAGUCGGGGCACAGACACAUACGGGACGAUCCAGGUAACCCUGCUGGACACCAUGGAACUGGCCACAUUCUGCGUCCGCACCUUCUCCCUUUAUAAGAGCGGCAGCAGCGAACGACGAGAGGUGCGUCAGUUCCAGUUUACCGCCUGGCCAGAUCACGGCGUUCCCGAGUACCCGACCCCAUUCCUCAACUUCCUGCGACGGGUCAAGGCCUGCAACCCUCCGGAUGCCGGGCCCAUUAUCGCGCACUGCAGCGCCGGCGUCGGCCGCACGGGCUGCUUCAUCGUCAUCGACGCCAUGCUGGAGCGCAUCCGACACGAGCGGACCGCCGACAUCUACGGUCACGUCACUCUGAUGCGUUCGCAGAGGAACUACAUGGUGCAAACCGAGGACCAGUACAGCUUCAUCCACGAGGCGCUGCUGGAGGCCGUGGCCUGCGGGAACACCGAGGUGGCCGCCAGGAGUCUCUACUCGUACAUGCAGAAGCUGGCCAAGGUGGAGAGCGGCGAGCAUGUCACUGGCAUGGAGCUGGAGUUUAAACGACUGGCCAACACCAAAGCCCACACGUCCCGCUUUGUCACAGCCAACCUCCCGUGCAACAAAUUCAAGAAUCGGCUAGUCAACAUCAUGCCCUACGAGACAACCCGUGUGUGUCUCCAGCCAAUCAGAGGCCUGGAGGGAUCUGACUACAUAAACGCCAGCUACAUUGACGGUUACAGGCAGCAGAAAGGCUACAUCGCCACCCAGGGUCCACUGGCAGAGACCACAGAAGACUUUUGGAGGAUGCUGUGGGAGCACAACUCGACUAUUGUGGUCAUGCUCACCAAACUGAGGGAGAUGGGCCGGGAGAAGUGUCACCAGUACUGGCCGGCUGAACGCUCCGCCAGGUACCAGUACUUUGUGGUGGACCCCAUGGCCGAGUACAACAUGCCCCAGUAUAUCCUGCGGGAGUUCAAAGUAACAGACGCCAGGGACGGCCAAUCGCGAACGGUCCGUCAGUUCCAGUUCACUGACUGGCCCGAGCAAGGUGUGCCCAAAUCUGGUGAAGGCUUCAUCGAUUUCAUUGGCCAAGUGCACAAAACGAAGGAGCAAUUCGGCCAGGACGGACCGAUCAGCGUUCAUUGCAGUGCCGGCGUGGGUCGCACGGGGGUCUUCAUCACUCUGAGCAUCGUGCUGGAGAGGAUGCGCUACGAAGGGGCAGUGGACAUUUUCCAGACUGUCAAAAUGCUGCGGACACAGAGACCAGCCAUGGUGCAGACUGAGGAUGAGUACCAGUUCUGCUACCAGGCCGCUCUGGAGUACUUGGGUAGCUUCGACCACUAUGCAACAUAAUCGACGACUCCACGACAGUAAAGAAGGAGCGAGAGACAAAGAGGAAAGAUCUACACUAACAAGGACAACAACAUAAAAAGAUGG